AUGUCUCCUGAUACGAAUAAUAAUGUAGCAAUUGAAGAAGAUGAUGAAGAAGAAGAAGAAGAAGAUGAGGAUGAACCAGUAUUUAAAUUUUCUACAAUAACAAUCGCAUCCGGACUUCGAAAAACUAAUGAUAACGAUAAAAAUGUACCGGCUGAGUUUAGUUGUAUUGCUGUAAAUGAAAAAUUUCUUGCUAUUGGAAAACCUACAGGUGAAAUUUUAAUUACGGAUCAUAUGGGACAUAUUAUACCACAAUAUCAAAUUAGAGCGCACACCUAUCCAGUAAAUGCAAUAUCAAUUGAUGACAAUGGAGAUUUUAUUGGUAGUUGUUGUCAAGAAGGAAAAGUUAAAAUUUCUGGUUUAUUCAGUAAAAAUGAUGAUCAAUUAAUCACAUUUACUCGUCCAAUUCGAGCUGUUUGUCUUGAUCCAAAUUUUUCUAAAACAAAAAUGUUUGUUACUGGUGAUACAUCUCUUAUCUUAAAUGAACGAGGUACUUUUGGUCGACAUAAAACAACAACAUUAUCUGAAUUAAAUGGUGGACUUAUUCAUACACUUCGUUGGAAAGAAUCAUUAAUUGCAUUUGCUAAUGAUAAAGGUGUUGGUAUUUAUGAUUUACGUGCACGACGAUUAGUUGGAUUUGAAGAAACUGAUGGACAAAAAGAACUUCCACGUGGUGUUUAUCCAAGUCGAAUAUCAUGGAAUGAUCCAACAACAUUAGCUGUUGCAUGUGCAAAAACUAUUAAAAUAAUUUCGAUUUCAACUGAAAGCAAUUAUGAACAACAUCAAUCAUCUGCACCUAAAAAACAUAUGAAUACAGGUUAG